AUGUCUGUAACCCUAACCCCUGCUGCUCCUCACGGGACUACACUCCCGCACAAGAGAAGCAUACGUCUCCUGACUCUUCACGCGGGCGGGUCCUUGCCGCUAUCUUCCCCAGUCGAGUGUGAGCUCCGGGUCGUCACCUUGCCCGACGUCGACUCUAGUAUAUCAUGGCCGUACUAUGCGCUCUCAUAUGCUUGGCAGGAGCCCCAAACGCUACAGAAGGCACCCCCUGGUAAAAUCGGCAUCUUGUGCAACAAUAUACAAAUCGCUGUUCCGAAGAAUCUGUUUAUCGCGCUCGUCAGACUCCGACAGAAGUUCCAGGAGCCCGUCGCCAUCUGGAUCGACUACCUGUGUAUCGACCAGUCGAGCACAAGCGAGCGGACGCAGCAAGUGGCUUUGAUGCAGGAGAUAUUCAGUCUUGCCUCCGAGGUGCUGAUUUGGCUCGGUGAGCCGUCCUCGACUGGUCUGCAGGAGGGUGGCAAAUUUCAAGUGUACUACCACUGGGGAGAGGAUAAUGAAGUCGAGCUCGUCACAGCGUAUCGGGACUCUUUUAGUGAGUACCUGAGAGGAGGCAAUAUCUUCAAAUUUUUGGAUCUGGGCCACGCAUACGGCAUAUUCUGCCUGAUCAAUCUUCUCAGCCGGCGGGUGCCCGCAUCGCAGAUUCCGUUUCACGAGUCAUCGGUUGAUUCACCGGAGUUCAGACAGUGGGUCGAUGGGCUCUGGACUGCGGUUUGGGAGAUGAUUGACAGGGCUUGGUGGAAGAGGACAUGGGUUGUACAAGAGUGUGUUUAUGCCAGCAAAGCCACAGUGCAUUAUGGACAUCUUAGUGCCAGCUGGGAAAUGUUCAGUGACGCGGCGCGCUUCUUCAUGGAGAGCCGCCUGGGCCAUGACCUUGCUCAAGUCAGGCGUUUCAACGUGUCCGGAUCGACAGGAGACCCUCUCCCGGAACUAUGCGGCCUCAUCUUGCAAAUUGAGUCUCCAAGACGCGCUUUGAGUCAAGGGAAGUAUCUCUCGCCCCUUCAGACCCUCGUCCGGUUCCGCAGCAGACACGCGACGGAUCGGCGAGACAAGGUCUUUGCGUUUCUCGGCCUACUCAAAGACCACUUUCUCACUCCAAAUUACGACAAGGCCACCCACCAGGUGUACUCGGAAGUCGCCAAGAGGAUCAUAAAGUCUACCGAGAGCCUCGAGUUGCUCACGUCAGCGAAGCCAAACACGAGUGAGGACAUGGGGACCUGGGUGCCUGACUGGAGCACUACACCUGGAAAGCACGAGUGGCAAAGAUUGGAGCUCCUACAGUUGUAUAAUGCGUCAAAAGGAAUGGCGCCUGUGGCAGGGAUGCACCACACUUCUAUGCCGACCCCUUUGCUUUUGGUGUCGGGCAUUUGGGUCGAUCGGGUAAUGGAGGUCUUCCAAUCUUCGUCAGCCCCAGAGGACGGAUACUCCAGAUUCCAGACAACAGUUUCGCAUUGGGAACUUCAGGCCCGCAAGAGCUUCAAGAUUCUACACAAAGCCUCUUUGGGUGAACAUCAUCUCAGCGAAGAUGAGUCUAUAAUGUCUUAUACGGAUUGGAUCGAAGGUGGAUAUUCCGACGCGUUUUGGCGUCUUCUGUGCGGCGACAUGAUGUACGCCUUGGGGGCCAGUAGCGAAGGCACCUACCGACGGGCACAACCAGAAGAUGAGCAAUUGUUCAAGGCGUUCACCGAGGGAGUUGUUGGUCUUAAUCGACGGAUGAGUAGGAUGACUGUCAAAGGCAAGAGAACUUUCUACCCUGUCAGGCCCGAGGCGUCAAACCGCACAAGGAACCAGUUCUUCUAUGCGAUGCAGAUGAUGACGGCGGGGAGGACUCUGUUUGUCACGGAUCAAAGGCGCUUGGGUGUCGGGCCCAAGGAUACUGCCGUGGGAGACCACGUUGCGGUGAUUGCGGGUAGCAAUGUGCCGUUCCUCCUGAGAGAUGUUUCUAAGGUGCGCCGCCAGGCUGCGGUGUUUGAGAAACUUUUGCCGCGAGAGACGAUUGAACAGAGCCUUCUACAAGACAUCGUUCUGGAACAGCUGGACAAAGGCUUCACUCUGGAGAAAAUGGCGAACGAGCGAGUCAUAUUUCUCCACGGCUCGACCUUCACCCAACCAUCCUCCCAGCCUACCCAGAGAGAAGAUGGUGCACGUCAGUCAAGCAUUGCCCAUCUGUUCCAUCAAAACAAGAUCACUGACGCGAAUGUUCUCUCACAGGAGCUCUGGAUUCGAGUCGUCGCGAGGCAUCAGAGGUACAGAAUAGUCUACGACCAGGCUGCUGAUAUAGCCCACAUGGAAUUGGACCGCGCCAUCUUCCGAGCCGCAGCCGCAGCCCUUUCGCUCCGUCCUCCUCUCAUGUCCUAA